AGUAUUCCUUCUUGGUCUGUGUACGUUGGACGUUCGCUUGUGGUUGUGUUGUAGUUUGUUGUGGUGUUUUUGUUAAUGGAUUGACUUGCUUGUUUGUAAAUAUUUUAACUAUAAAUAUCUGUGAUAAAUAUUGAAUACUUGUAUAUAAAUACAUACAUUAAAACACCAACAAUGAAAAUUGCGAUUGAGGGUUGUGCUCAUGGAGAGCUGGACAAAAUCUAUGAUUGCAUAGAAACUUUAGAGCAAAGAGAAGACAUAAAAAUUGAUUUGCUUAUUUGUUGUGGCGAUUUUCAAUCAGUACGAAAUAAUGGAGAUUUGCGAGCUAUGGCAGUGCCAGAAAAAUAUCAACAUAUUUGUACAUUUCAUAAGUAUUACAGUGGUGAAAGGAGAGCACCUGUUCUGACUAUUUUUAUUGGUGGAAACCAUGAAGCAUCAAAUUAUUUGCAAGAACUCCCUUAUGGUGGCUGGGUGGCACCUAAUAUCUACUAUAUGGGCCGGGCUGGUGUUGUUAAAUUUGGAAACCUUAGGAUAGGAGGUAUUUCAGGCAUUUAUAAAGGACAUGAUUAUUUACAAGGACUGUGGGAAUGUCUUCCAUACAACCAAAGUUCUCUGAGGUCUGUCUACCAUGUAAGAUCUUUAGAUGUCUUUCGACUCAGUCAAUUGAAUGAUAAAGUUCAUAUGAUGCUGUCGCAUGACUGGCCUCGUGGUAUUACAGCCUAUGGAGAUACAGAGCAGCUUUUAAGGCGAAAACCAUUUUUUAGGGAGCAAGUUGAAGCUAAUCAGCUGGGAAGUGUUCCAGCUGAAAGGCUACUGCAUUGCUUAAAGCCAGAUUACUGGUUUGCAGCACAUUUGCAUUGUCAAUAUGCUGCAUUAGUUAAACACGAAGAUAACACAGAGACUAAAUUUUUGGCAUUAGAUAAAUGUUUACCCAAACGCAGGCAUCUACAGAUUUUAGAUUUACCACAUGAAUAUGAUGGUGAUAAACUGUUGAAAUAUGAUGAGGAAUGGCUUGCAGUAUUGAAAAAUACCAAUCAUCUAUUGAGUGUAAAAAAUAUUGAAUGCCACAUGCCAGGCCCUGGUGGCAAUGAGAGAUAUAUAUUUACUCCAACUGUAGCAGAAAAAGAAUCCCUGGUGAAGUUGUUACCAUCUAUGAUAAUCACAGAGGAAAUGUUUAUCAGAACUGCCCCUAUCUAUAAUCCAAAAGCACCUAAAACUGCUCCAUCAAAUCCUGUUUUAAAUCCUCAAACUAGUACACUGUGUGAAAAACUUGGUAUUGAUGACCCCGUGCAAGUGAUUAUGGCUAGAUCUGGUAGAGCUAUGACACAACCAUGCGGUGAUACCGAAAUACUAUUAAAUGAUGCUAAUGAAAAGACUGAAUUAGGUUCAGCAUACAAAACACCUAUGAAAUGCUCAAAAUUAUCUUUGCCAGCACCAAUCACACCAAGGAAGAAUGAGAGUGAAGAGACAAUUGAAAAUACAACAAUAUCACCCACAACACCUUUGUUAUCAGACAGUACAAAUGAUACAACAGGAUGUGAUACACCUGUAUCAGACAGAAGUAAAAAAUCAUUUAAGAGACGUAACAUGUCAAUAUACAACAGUCCAGAAGAAGAUGAUAGUGUCAGUACAACAUCCAGUUCUUUGACUGACAUGGACAGUCCUAGAUCAUGUAAACUACCUUGUAGGGGUAGUGUUUAACUAAAGCAGCAUGAUCUUUCUCAAACUUAUCAGAAUUAAAGAUGGAAAUUUAGAAAUUGAAAAUGGAAAAAUGUAACAAAUUCAAUUUGUUUUUAUAAAUAUACAGGUAGUUAAGUAGAUAGUUAAUUAAGUAGAAAAUUGUAAAAUACUCAAGUAUAAAUAAAAAUGAGCAAAAAUAUCCCAUCUCCUAUUUGGUUUAGUUUAGUAAGGCCAGGUUUGUGUUCAUAUUUGAAAGGAACCACAUUUUAUGUUUGUUUAUAAUAUGUUUUUGGAUAAAGCAUUCUGUACUACAGUGCUAAUCUAUAAGAAUAUAGUGUUGAACAGCACUAUUACAGCAUUAGAGGUUCAAUCAAAUAAUACUCGACUAUAAAAGUGUAGGUUUUAUUUGAUAGAACCUCUGAUGCUUUGACAGUGCUGUGUUCCAUGCUGUAUUUUUACAGAAUACCAAACCUAGUGGCUUACAAUGUUCAACAAACUUUUUAGCUAUUAUAAAUAUGUGUAAGUUUAUAAUUUGUGUAUUAUUGAACUCGAUAGAUAAUUUGUUGUAUUAUAAGAAUAUGGAAUAUGAAUGAGUUACAUUCACAUAGUGAAAUAGCAUAAAUGCUUAUUUUUUUUUUCUUCAAUUUUGAUAAUGUUUAUCAAAUAAAGUGCAAUUUACAAAUUAAAAAGUGUUUUAUUAAUCAAAAUUUAUCCCUUAAUAGUAUCAAGUGUGCAACUGAUAUUUAAUUCUAAUUUUAACAAGAUGAUGGAUUUCUAAGUUCUUAUUAGUUUUUGCCUAUGCACAUCAGGGUACACUAUGCACAACGUAAAAUACUUUUACAGAAGUGCUAGUUACAGUAGUGAGAUUUUAAAUGGUCUUUUAAUUCUGGCAUGUUCUUAGGUUUUAUGCUACACUGAUUACAUUGUAAAGGUGUAGCUAAAAGUUUCUUGUGUAGAUCGGGCGAUAUUUUCUUAAUUGAUCCUUUCUCUUUCAACUCCUUUAUAAUAUCUGAAACAUAUGUUUAAUUCAAAAUAAUAAUCAGUUAAGGACACUAUUUUACGACAUUAAGAUUGGAACAAAAGAAAGGCAGAGAUAAUUUUACAUACCCUGGAGAGGUAUGAAAAAAUCUGUUGUGAAACUGUUCCAAUGAAUUUUAGUUUUUAAACAUGGUGAGAGCAUAUCAUUGCUUAUUACAUGCAUGUGCAUCCUUUGCAUACUUGGUACAGCAUGAAAUCCAGCUCUCAGAGUAUAAUUCUGAUGUUCUGUUUUGACUUCUGCAAAUAGCUUAUUGAAUUCCUCUAAAAGACUAAUGUGAGCACUGUUUAAGUUAUGAAUACUACCUAUAUUUUCGUGUGGUAUAAAUAAAUAGUGAAUUUUUGCUUUUGGAUACUUAUCUUGGAUAACCACAAUGUUUAUGUUUUCUUUUAUUAUACAGUGCGGGUCUUUCAUAGAUUCAAGAAGACCCAAUGACCAAUGCUUAGGUUUUUUCGUUGGAGUAUAUGAAUCUAAUGCUUUUUCUGAGCGUUUACUCAUGGCUUGACAUAAACUAUAAAUGCUAUAAAGUACCUACUUAGGUAGAUAAUAUCUCGCGAAGGUUUAAAAACAUAGAGAUAAGGUAGAGUGAAAAUAUUUUCUAUGGUUAUAUAAAUAUCAUGCAAUCUGAAGUUGACAUCGAAAACAUCAUGUUGUCUUUUUUUAACUAAUAACACUAUUUUAGUGUGACAGUUCAAAAUUUUUUACGUAACGUCAUGACAUAUAGCUAUCGUACCACCUGUCCGCCAUUUGCAAAGUU